ACACAACUACUGACCGAUUAAAAACAAAAUGGUGAUGACGCAGGAGAUCAUUCCAUUUGCGAGGGAGAUGCUAAGUCUUCGACCAACAAAAGGUGCCAUGAAGGUAUAUCUGAUUGGAGGGACCUUUGCAGUCCUGGGCAUCAUGAGUGGAGUUGUGGAAGCUGCCUGUUCACUCUUUCCAGAGCAGGAAGAAAUCACCCGUAAGACACUGAUGGAAGAGACCAUAACAGUGACGACUCAGACUCAAGAGCCUCAGACGAUCAUCCCAGCAGAUGAUGAACAGGAAGCUGAGAUGGAAGACAAGACUAAGGAACUGCCCAUGCCCAGGCAGCGGCGUAUGAGUUUCAGGGCCCAUGCCUCUUAAGAUACACACUAACACACUGCAUGUGCUGCCUGUGCACUGAGGGUUGUGUAUGUCUGACAGAGAGGAAAUGCAAAGUGCCUGUUGGGGUUGAAUGCUGUUGAACAGCUUAUAUUGGGAAUUCUGGGUGUGACCUGUUCUCAAAUGUUACUUUGUAAGUUUGUUAAAACGAUGUAAUGAUUUUCUACUGGCUGAAUAUUAUUUAUAAAGGAUGUAACAAGUCUUUAUUAGUCUUUAUUAAGUGAGCUUUCUAUGAUUGCAGAUCAAUAAAUUCUAGUUUGUGCAAAA